ACGUGCUGCUGCUGCUGCAGUGAAUGUGAAUGUGAGUGAUGGAAUGAACCCGCAGUUCAUCCCCAGCUGCAGCAGCUGAUAGCUCACCGCAUCGCUCAGUAUGUGAAUGGAUGCAGGCACAGCUGUAGCCAGCUCUGAGAAGCCAGAGAGUUCAGCUGCUGUCUCUGUACCCCUCGCACCGGCUGCCAUGGCCAAGGGGGAGAAAGCCCGGGUCACAUCAGGGGACAAACUCAUGAUAAAGCACCCUGAACCUGUUUUCACCAAGGUACCACCACAGACUCUGGACCAGAAGCUCUCUGUAUGUAGCAAACUCUGUUUUGCCAUCGGAGGGGCGCCGAAUCAGGUCGCCGGGAGCGCAACCGCAUUCUUCCUUCAAAUAUAUCUACUUGACAUUGCACAGAUUAACCCAUUUCAGGCCUCUAUGGUGUUGUUUGUCGGCAAGGCUUGGGGGGCAGUUACUGAUCCCAUUGUGGGAUUCUUCAUCACUAAAAGCAAAUGGACAAAGAUUGGGCGACUCAUGCCAUGGAUGGUGGGCUGCACUCCAUUCAUGGUGGUCUCUUACUUCUACCUUUGGUUUGUCCCACCUUUUACCAAUGGGAGGUUCAUCUGGUAUCUGGGCUUUUACUGUCUCUACCAAACUCUCAUCACAUGUUUCCAUGUGCCUUAUUCCGCCCUAACCAUGUUCUUGAGCACCGACCAGCGGGAGAGAGACUCUGCUACAGCUUACCGUAUGACGGUGGAGGUGCUCGGGACGCUGGUGGGUGCCGCCAUUCAGGGUCAGAUUGUAGCGAGCGCACACACUCUGAAGCACUGUCCGCAUCGAAACCUGACCACUGGUCACCUGGGAAACAGCAGUGGCACAGAGAUCAUCAGAUCCCUGGCGCUGUCACAGGACUUCCUGUCUCACGCUAAGGAAGUGUACAUGAUAGCUGCCGGAGUGAUCGGCGGGCUGUUUCUGGUUUGUACGGUGGUCAUGUUCCUGGGAGUCAAAGAGAGAGAUGAUCCCUAUGCUCCUAAAACAGACAAGGCCAUUCCUUUCCAUAAGGGCUUUAUUUUGGUCAUGAAGCAUGGGUCCUACCUCACUCUGACUGCGGCUUUCCUGUUCAUAUCUGUGGCCAUCCAGUUGAUACAAAGUAACUUUGUGCUGUUCUGCACAUAUGCGGUGGAGCUGCGAGAACACUUUCAGAACAUUGUUUUGACAAUUCUGAUGUCGGCCGCAGUGAGUAUCCCAUUCUGGCAGUGGUUCCUUGAGAAGUUUGGGAAGAAAACAGCAGCUUUCUGCGGCAUUACGUGGAUCAUGCCAUUCACAGUGAUGCUGGUGUUCAUCCCUAAUCUGAUAGUGGCAUAUGUCGUGGCCGUAUCAUCUGGGCUUAGUGUGGCCGCUUCUCUCUUGUUACCAUGGUCAAUGUUACCAGAUGUAGUGGAUGACUUCAGACUGGCAAACCGCAACUCAAAAGGACAUGAGGCGAUCUUCUACUCCCUAUAUGCUUUCUUCACUAAGUUUGCUGCAGGCAUUUCUCUCGGAGUGUCGACGCUCUGUCUACAGUUUGCUGGUUAUGACACAGGCGCGUGCAGACAGCCCACUCCAGUGGUCUAUACGCUCAAACUGCUCAUCGGUGCCGCCCCGGUGGCCUGUAUCACCACAGGCCUCAUGAUCCUCGUGGUGUACCCGAUCAGUGAGGACGUCAGAUUACGAAACAAACUCGCCCUGGAGGAGCUCAGAAGCCAGAGUAUUACCUGCAAAUCUCUCAGAGCUGAGCUGAGCAGCGCGUGACUUCCUCAAACAGCCGAUCCUGAUAUUCUAGCCCAGCGCUGGGAUGAGUUGUGUUAGUGUAUAUUACACUGUGUGAGAUAUAUAAUGUUUUACUGUAAACAUUUCAGUUUGUUUCUGUAUUCAGUCUGUUUCUGUAUUUUCAAAUGAACAUAUAGCCACAUAUACAGUAUUACAGUAUCUAAUUUAUACACAUGAAUGGACUAUAUAUCAUUAUAUAUCAGGAUUUCCUGAGGGAAAAUUUACUGAUAAUAUAUUGUUUAAGUUGUAUUAGUGAAUGACUCGAUUACAGGAUUAAUAAAAAUUGUGCUGGUUCACGUAGCUUCAGCAUAUUUCGAGGAUGCUUUCAAAUAUAAAAUCUAGAAAACUUAUAAUAAAAAAUAUUGAAUAUUA